CACUUCAGUAUGAAAACAGCUCGAGGUCCAGAUCAGUCAUGUCUGACUUUAUCCUGGGUUUGGACGUGGGCACCACUUCGGUGAAAGCCGUUUUAUUAGAAACAGGAUGUAGAGCUGUAGCUGCCAGCCAGGCUUUACCGACUGUGUCUGAUUUACCUGAUCAUAGCGGGAUAAAGGCGAAAGAGCAGGACACGGGUCGGAUCAUAGACACCCUGAACCGGUGCAUCGGCCUCCUGCCCGGAGACAAACUGCAGCGGGUUCGCUGCGUCGGGCUGACAGGACAGAUGCACGGGAUUUUACUCUGGAGACCAGAAAGUGGUUGUGAUUGGUCCAAUAGAGACUUCUUCACAGCUAAACACACCAGUCAGCUGAUCACCUGGCAAGAUGGACGCUGCAGCAGUGACUUCCUGUCCUCUCUCCCAAAACCAGACUCACAUCUAAGUGUUUCCACAGGGUUUGGCAGUGCAACAAUCUUCUGGUACAUGAAAAACAAACCUGAGUUCCUUGAGGACUUCACAGUUGCAGGUACCAUUCAGGACUAUGUGGUGUCCAUGCUGUGCGGUUUGGACGGGUGUGUGAUGACACCUCAGAAUGCAGCCAGCUGGGGCUUCUUCAACACUUCAUCCAAUCAGUGGAAUGAAAACAUUCUGAAGGGUGCUGGCUUCCCUUUGCACCUGCUUCCUCAGUGUGUGCCAUCUGGUAGCUUGGCAGGAAGGACGCGUUCUCAGUGGCACGGCAUCCCUGCUGGUACGCCAGUAGGGGCCGCCCUAGGAGACUUCCAGUGUUCGGUCUACUCCUGCAUGAGUGCACGGACGGAUGCAGUUCUUAACAUAAGCACGUCGGCCCAGCUGACCUUCGCCAUGCCAGCUGACUUCAACCCUCCAGAUUCUCCUCAGCCUGUCUCGUCCAUCUCCUACUUCCCUUACUUUGACUCCAUGUACUUGGCUGUAGCAGCAUCACUCAACGGAGGGAACGUGUUGGCCACCUUUGUGGAGAUGUUGACUUCCUGGAUGAGAGAGCUUGGUGCAGAGCUGAGUGACUCGUGUUUAUAUGAAAAGUUGAUUCAUUGCGCCCUGAACCAGCAAACCAGUGACCUGAGAGUGAGUCCUACCAUCUUGGGAGAGAGACACAACCCUCUCUGCCUGGGUCACGUGACCAACAUCUCCACCUCCAAUCUCUCUCUGGGUCAUGUGAUCAGGGCACUGUGCCGUGGAGUCCUGGACAACAUCACCUCCAUGAUGCCUGUAGGGUGUCUGCAGCAGGCGGGGGUCAGCAGAAUUGUGGGCAGCGGGAGCGCGCUCGCUCGGAAUGAGGUGCUACGGCAGGAAGUGGAGAAGGCGUUUCCUCUGCAGGUGGUAUACGGACAGAACGCAGACUCUGCUGUGGGCGUGGCCAUGGUUCUCUGUGACCGCCUCUGAAUCGGACCCAGCAUCCCCCUGUUUGUUUACAUGACUGAGAAUUUUGCACACUAACUAAAGCUAACAAAUCUUGCACUGCUUAUUUUAUUUUGAAGCAUAAAUCAAAGGCUGUGUUUGACGGGACAGGGAUCAAAUGUAAGUAGGACCAAAAGAUGGAAGCUGCUCCACAGAAGCUCAAACAUUUCACUAUGACUGAACAGCUGUUAACAAUAUACUGGGCAUUUCUGGCUCUGCUGUUGUGAUAUGGGAGCAGAUUUUGUCACAGCAUAAGUCACAAUUAAAGGAUGGGAGCUGUUUCCUAGAGCUGGCUGCUCUUAAAUAAUCCGGAAAAAAGUCAGAGCAGUAUUCAGAUGUGCUGUAAAAGACACAGUCCACUGUCACAUGGUUUAUCUGUAGGGCCACUGAGAUGACGAGGCAGUUAACAUGUUAACUGGCUGUUGAGGUUGCCUUGAUUUUCCUUUUUUCUGUGACAGGUUAACUUGUAGUUUCCUGUGGGAUGGGCACUUCCUGUUCAGCUCUGAUCGACAGAGGCUGAAUCUCUGUGUGCGGGUUGCUCUUUGUAUUCGAUUUGUCACUAGGGUCGUCUCCUGAAACUCACCGUGGGUUACCUCAUUGACAUCAUCAGUGAUAACCAUCAUGAAGCUGGCUGUCACCUGACUCAAGUCACUCUUUGUUUCAUAAUCUAGAGCUUUUUAUUUACACCAAACACAUACAGCUUCAUCAUCAGAGCCUUGAGAUGAAAUAUAUGACGUUAGAGUAUUGUUACACUAUAAAUAUACAGUCGCUAUAAUUUCCCAAAAAAAAGUGUGGAAAUUGUGCAUUUUCAACAUUUUCUGUGUUUGUUAAUCUGAAUCAGGAUCUACUCAGCAGUUAGUUUUUUAUUCAAACACACGAAAAAUACAGAUGGUCUGUGCUGAAUAAUGAAAAGAAUACAUCUAACUACAUCAAACAUUUAUAAUCUAAUCAGCAAAGUUGCUACUACUACAUUAUACUGUAUAUGAGCUGCUGCUAUACUCAGACCCUGAACUGAUUCUACUGACAGGAUUCCUGUGGAAUAAAGGACAGUUUGGGUAAUUAAUAUUAGUUAUACUGUAGUACCUUUUAACUUCAGUACCACAGUCGACACAUUUCUAAUAUCUGUGGUGUAAUUAUAAAAUGAUUAUCACUAUAUGAAACCCCACUGUAUUUUCACCUGAAAUAUUCCAGUUUGUUCAUACAUACAUUUUAACCAUUUAGCUCAUCUGUGUUUACACACUUACACACCAACUCUGUUACUCCUUUGUCUUUGGCUUCUUUCAACUCCCGGUCACCCUGCCAUACCAUAUAUGGCACAGUUUGUUGUAGGGGUUGCAUGUUGAGUCUGGCCAAAGUAAAUGAGCGGCGCUGCUUUCAGGUUGUGUGUCUGAGGAUAGAAGCAGAAGAACAAGGACAGCUAAUCCGUGUAGGAAGUGAACGUGAGCGUCUCGUCCCUGUGAGGGACUCGUUCCCCACAAAUGAAUCAUCACAUCACUAUUAUUGAACUAUGAAGAUGUCUGCUCUGGUCUUUGUGCUCCUGUCAGCAUCCAGCAAUGACAGAAUUUUUCCACCACACUGAUUGGUCAGGAUUUAGUCUGUUCAUGAAGCACAUGGACCGACAACAUGAUAGCAGAAAUCCAGCCAGCCUCCUAAUGCACUGAGGUACAUUCAUGCAGGCAGUGGUUCCCUUUUUAGCACCUUUUCCAUUCACACGCUACAGUUUGUCAGGAGACUGACGAAAGCCCCCCCAAUUUACACUAGUGAAUACAAAAUAUUUUUACUCAGUUACAACCUUGCAUUUUUAGCCACACUCUGUUAUCAUACCAAGUUUACAGCAACAACCAACUCCACCCUGUAUCUCAGUAUCCCCAGCACCUGGAGAAGCACUUUAAGAGUAGUGCGGAAAAGCUGGAGGACCAGGAAAGCUACCAGAGAACUGAAUAUAGUCUCAUGAAGAAAGCGCUCUUAAUAAAGCAUCGACCACAUUUUCUGAUUUCCUGAUGUGAUGGAUGUCCAAGCAGUAUGACUAUAAAAACAAAAGCCAGCACAUCAACCUGCAAAUUGGAGAACAGAAUGAGUGGAGGAAAACUAAUGGAUUACUAAUGGACUGAUCUGUAGAGACCAGCAGAAUCAACAUAACCUUCAGAGGCCCAGGGUCUCCAUCUCUGCAGGGUGCAGCCAGGACAGGCGGUGAAUACAGGAUGACUUUAAUAUUGUCAAGAGCUUGUUGACAACAUGUGGAUCACACAUUCGUUGCCUCAGCUUCAAGCAGGUCUGUCAGAGGGGCAACCACAAGAAAUCUUUACAAAACUGACAAUAGUAACCUCCUAACCCCAGAAAACACACAAGCUGCUUCUUUGCUGUGAGCACUGGUAUUUCUCAAUAGCAGCCACUUUCGCUUAUGUGGGCUGAACCUGCCUUUGUCUCACUACCUUUCCCAGGUAGGUACAGUUGCCAUGCCAAAUUCACAUUUAGCCAAGUCAACUGUCAACAGGUGGCAGCGGGGCAAAAAACCUGGUCACCAGGGCUGAACUGGCGCACAGUGGUCCUCGCACAGUGUGACCAAACACCACCUCAUUCAGACUAAACGCACUACUUUCUUGAAUAACCUCCACAGCAGCCAGCAGCAACCAUGGCAGGCCCUCUUCCCAAUGCAAAACCAAUUGCUCCAGAAACCUAAAGUGCAAGAGAUGAAUCCAGGGAGCAAAACAAAUUAUUCUCUACUAGUUACUACCUCGUCUAGUCUCACUUUAUUUUAGAGAAUGUAUUUGUCAGUGAGUCAGUAAUGUGAAGCUAACAUGGAUGUGUGGCAGUGUGAGUAGAAAGUAAAAAAACUUAAGAACACACACUGUAGCAAAGUUGCUCUAACUCAGGAAGCUGGUAUCUGAAUCAGGACCUCCAGCAGCCACUGGUUUCACACCAGUGGACAGAGACAUUCACUGUCUCUGACCAAACAGUCAGAAACAAACUUCAUGAGGGCGGCCUGAGGACCCGGCGUCCUUUAUUGGGCCCUGUGCUCGGCCUCGUGAUGAGAGUAUGCAGGCAGUUCCUGGAGGAUGAAGGUAUUGAUACCAUUGACUCCCACACUCACCUGACCUAAACCCAAUAGAGCACCUCUGGGACAUUAUAUUUCGGUCCAUUUGACGCCGCCAGGUUCCACCACAGGCUGCCCAGGUCAGUGAUGCCCUGGUCCAGAUCUGGGAGGAGAUCCCCCAGGACACCGCCUGUUGUCUCAUUAGGAGCCCCGACAUUGUCAGGCAUGCAUACAAGCAUGUCGGGGCCACACAAACUACUGAGUACCAUUUUGAGUUGCUGCAAUGAAAUUUCUGUAAAAUGUUCUAGCCUGCUGGAUCAUUUUUUCACUGUGAUUUUUGGGGUGUCAGCCUCUGUAGGUUGAUAAUUUUCAUUUCCAUCAAACGAUGUGUUCAUUUCUAAC